UAAAAUCUGAAAAAAAGCCCAUUUCCACCUUUACGCAUUGCGAGCAGUGUGCCCUCCGUCUUUCAGGCUCUUCAAGUCCAAGGCUGCCUGAGUUAUUGGGUCAGCUAGUGUGCAGUGAAAAGACUCAGAUUUUGCUGUCCAACAGUGGAGGGAAUGAAGUAAAAGUUGCAGCCUUGGUUUUUUUAGGAAUUUACUCUAGGCAAUAUUAUCUGUAUUAUUUAAACGAGUGUCGGGUUUGAGGUAUAAACACAAGCUAAGUACUAUAGGUAAGUUGGUUUAAGCUAGGCGUUGUGGCAGAGUGAUAUAAAAUUGGGAAAAGUGAUAACUCCUACCUUUGUCAAAGAUGGAGCCUUUAUGGAAGCUAAUGUUUUUGCUUGAACCAGCUCCAGUCUCUCUUAUUUUGACUGCAGUACUUGUUUCAUAUUGUUCUGCAUUUCGAGCUCUAAACUAUGGGAAGGAAAUGGAGCGAAACCGUGAUUUAUCAGAAGCAUCAAUCACUUUAGACAGGUCUCAGGCCCUUAUGAUACCCGUAAUGAGCUCUUGCAGCUUGCUUUUGAUGUUCUAUUUGUUCUCUUCCGUGUCUCAACUUCUCACAGCUUUCACUGCCAUUGCCUCAGCAUCAUCACUCUACUUUUGUCUGUCACCAUACUUUGCUCAAAUUAAGUCCCAGUUUGGUUUAUCUGACCCCUAUGUAUCCAGAUGCUGUUCCAAAUCAUUUACCCGCAUCCAAGCAUUUCUGACAUUUAUGUGUGUUGGCAUAGUUGUAGCAUGGCUUGUCUCUGGGCAUUGGAUAUUGAAUAAUUUGUUGGGGAUCUCUCUUUGUAUUGCUUUUGUGAGCCAUGUGCGCCUUCCAAAUAUCAAGAUUUGUGCAGUGCUCCUGCUGUGUCUGUUUGUGUAUGACAUAUUUUGGGUAUUCUAUUCCGAGAGAUUUUUUGGAGCAAAUGUGAUGGUUUCAGUAGCAACACAACAAGCAUCAAAUCCCGUACACACUGUUGCUAAUAGCUUGAGUCUUCCCGGGUUGCAGUUGAUUACAAAGAAACUGGAGUUGCCUGUCAAAAUUGUCUUUCCCAGGAAUUUGUUAGGUGGUGUAGUUCCAGGAAAUGCUGCUGCUGACUUCAUGAUGCUUGGUCUUGGAGACAUGGCCAUUCCUUCGAUGCUUUUAGCAUUGGUUCUUUGCUUUGAUCAUCGAAAGAGCAGGGAGUCUGCGCCUCCUUCCAAGGGUGAUGGCUCUUCUUCGAAGGGUUUCAAGUACAUAUGGUAUGCUCUAACGGGGUAUUCACUUGGACUGAUUUCGGCCUUGGCUGCCGGCAUCUUGACACGCUCACCUCAACCAGCACUCCUAUACUUGGUACCGUCUACCCUGGGACCGAUUAUUGUCAUUUCCUGGAUGAGAAGGGAGCUAGCAGAGCUGUGGGAGGGUUCAGUUCCAAACAUAAAUGAGAAAACUCAUUUUACAGAAGUAUGAAGCUCAUUUCCUUGGGAACCACAACAUUUCAACAGAGCUUGCCUUUGUAGAUUUAGUUGGGAUUCAUAACCCCUGCCUGGAUAAUUUGUUAAUACCAAAAUCAUCAUUUUGUUUUGUAUUAAGUACUAAUGAAGCAGUAUAUUUCAGAGAGGUUACAGCUCUGUUUUCCAGACUUAAAUUAAAAAUGUUACUUUGUUCCACUCA